AUUUAGUUAAAAUAUCGAUCGAUAGUUCUAUUUGAUGGAAAAGAUUUCAUUCAAUUUUGAACGUUUAGCUGGGCAGCUAGCAAUUUGUUCGCGUAAGAGCGUUCAUCUUAGUAUUGCAUAAUAACUUUGCGCUUAUUUGAAAAUAAAAAGAUCCUAUUUGUACCGGAUGAAACCAUCUAAGCGGUGACGUUAUCGAUCGCUACGAUUAAAUUCGUUAUCACAUCAUGCGACACGCGAGAUUUCUUCUGAUAGAAGCUGAACGUGUGAGUUCAGCGACAAAUGUUGAUUGUUAAAAAAAAAAAAAAAAAAAAAAAAUGAAAUAGAUAUAUCGUUUAAUAAAAUUAGAGCGACGUUUUUAUCCAUCUUGCUAUUUGAUCGAAGUACUCGAUUUUUUAAUACCCCAAAACAAUGACAUCGAUAAUCAGGUAACAGAGUCCAAGUGUUUUAUCGAGAAACAACGACUGGGAUUCUUAAAAAAAAAAAAAUAAAAAAAAGAAAAUAUUUUCUUGUAGUACAUAUAUCUUUGUGUAAAUACCACGUGUUUUGUUAAGUCUCGUGUCGGAUAAGUUCCAAGUCUUACAUCAACCAGGCUGUUCUGGCAGAUUUCUAAAAAGCCUAUGACCCUCUUCGAUGAGACAAAAUAUCAGCGGUCAAGUGUUUUACGACGUCCGUUGAAAUCAAAAGAAGGAAGAAAACCCGAAAAAGAAGAGGUGAAAUUUUGGUAAACGUAAAUUCAUCGGCAAAUAAAUUCCCGAUUUUCUUGUGUCGAUUUUAAACAGAUGUAAAAACAAUUUUCAUCGACGUUAUGUCGCAAGUAAUCUGUACAGGCAUUUCUGAAAACUCUUUUAUUAUUAACGAACACGCGCAACGAGUUUCGAACAAUAGCUGUAGUGAGACUCGCGGAUAUUUCCUAAACUUCGCCCAAAAUCUGACGUUUACGGGAAACAGAAGGAAAUGUACCUUGGCUGCAGGUGACGAGUUUAAAAUUAAAGCGGAGACGGGUCUUCCAAGUCUUAUAUUUAGGACGACGCGCAGGCGCGAUCCGAUUAGAAAUCCCCGUCGAAGACUUAGAACUUCUGAUUCCUUGAAAUCUGCCGUGUGCCGCGAUUUUCACGAACCUUCUUCGUCGUUUAAUAAAUAUUCCCGUUUUUCUUUACACAUCGGUAAUUUUCCGCACGGUGCAAAGUUCAAUUCGUCGCACGUGGAUUAAACGUUCAUCGGAUCGGAUAGAUCAACGUCCUGUCGACCGAAGUAAGCUCUGUGACAAUAUCUUUCCAAAGGGAAAGCAAUUUUGUGCCUCGAGUACGUUUUGAGAAAAUAACAAGAUGGAUCUCGGGGGUGUCGAUGUCUGGGGUCAGAUCGCCGUGGAAACGUCUCAGAUGUUCGUUUCCGAGGGCGGUGUGGUUAAAAGUCGUUUCGCUGGGACAACGAUAGAAAAACUGCCAGACAAGGUGUUGCUAAACGUCUUCAGUUAUCUGUCUCAUCGCGAAAUAUGCAGGGUAGCACGUGUGUGCAAAAGAUGGCGGCAAAUCGCGUACGACACGCGAUUAUGGAAACACGUAUCUCUGCGACCGGAAAUCAGUGGACUGCACGUGAAUUCUUUGGACAAUCUGCUGCACUUGAUCAGCACGCGUUUUGGAGCUUCGCUGAGGUACAUCGAAUUGCCGAUCGAAUUGAUCACCCACACGGUUCUUCACGAAUUGGCAAAUAAAUGUCCAAAUUUGACUCACAUGCUUCUCGACUUCUCCACUGCCAUGCAGCUGCACGAUUUUUCGGAGAUGCAAGCCUUCCCGACUAAACUCAAGUACAUGUGCAUCUGCCUGUCAGAGGUAAUCUUCAUGGAGGGCUUUAUGAGAAAAAUUUACAAUUUUAUCAACGGCUUGGAGAUCCUUCACCUUAUAGGAACGUACGAGAAGGUGGAAGAGGAGGAGGAGGAAAUCUACGAAGUGAUAAAUGUGCACAAAUUGAAAUCAGCGACCCCCAAUUUGCGAGUAAUUAAUUUAUAUGGGAUCAAUUUUGUAGACGAUUCGCACAUCGACGCAUUUUCUUCCAAUUGCAUCCAGCUCGAAUGUUUGGCCGUGAAUUUCUGUGCCAAAGUCACUGGCUCGACCAUGAAGACUCUGUUUCAAAGGAGCAGGAGAUUAAAGUGUCUCCUCAUGCAGGGAACGAAUCUCCAGAGCGAAUACGUGAUGCAGGUAGAAUGGGAAAAGUCGAGCAUCCAGGAGUUGGACGUUACCGGGACGGACCUGUCAACGGAAUGUCUGAUCGACAUGUUGACCAGAAUUCCAGGUCUUCGUUUCCUGAGCGCUGGUCAGCUGAACGGCUUCAACGAUAGCGUGUUAAAAGCCUGGGCUGAACUCGGCAAUCCUCGGAACCUGAUCGCUCUAGAUCUGGAUAGUUCCGAUAACCUGACCGACGAUGGUCUGCAUAAAUUCUUGUCGAGAUACGGUCAUCAACUCUGGGGGCUCGCCUUAUUCGGCAUGCCUCACAUCACCGAUCAACUAUGGCAGAGUGUAUUACCCAUACUGACCAAUGCCAAAAUUCUUGUAAUGGGAACACAGGAGAGGUUAGGCGUGAAUAUUCACGUGGAUCAGUUGAUGGACGGAAUUGCUAACAAUUGUCCAAAUUUAGAGCGGUUGGAACUCCGCUGGGAUCCCGAGAAUCUCCGAUUUUCCGACAAAAGUCAGAAGGCUAUAGAUAUACUACGUGUAAAAUGCAUUAAAUUACGGUGCUUAAGCUUGAGCGAUGGAAGAUACUAUGAAAUAGUAAAGGCCAAUUUUGAACGCGCCGACAGACUGACGGUCGUUCGUACGACAACGUGCUGCCGCGUGUCUAAUUACUACCUCUUAGCAAAUUAUAAGGAUUUGAUUUUUAAUUAACUAUUACUUUGAUUUUUAAUUAAUUCAUACAUAAAUUCUUCCAUAAAAUACAAGCACCGAGACGAAGAAGCAUAUCAAGAAGCCAGCGAACAACGACAAUUACGAUCGAACAACGAAUCUACCUGCGAUUACUCAAGUACUUACUCCUGCCCACGAAAGACAGAUACAUAUUUUUUUACACUAUUUUCAAGCGCAUAGCGUGAGUAGACGAGAGGUCGAAUUACUUUGACCCUUGAAUCUCGAACCGUUUGAUAUUACCAUACCGUUACCUAUGUACUAUAUACGCUAUAUAUGUAUACUAUACAUAUACACCAGCAUAAGAAAAAGGAAAAGGAAAACAAAGAAUGGGGAAAAGACUACGUA